AUGCUGUCUUUUUUCAAAUCAUUCAGUUCGCAGAUUCAUUCCCAGUACUCUGUAUCCAACACAGAGGUCUUUCGCGUGGGUCCCUGGGUCGUUUACGACGGCAAAUCGCGACAAACAAAAGAGCCAGUGUCGGUGUUUGUGCUUGAUAAAAGGGUCCUAGCAGACUCGCUUACUGCCCAAGGCUAUAAAUCAAUUUCUGGUCCUAAAGCUGAGGUAUAUGAAUACGCUAACAAAGGCGUUUCCCGGCUAGCUAAAAUGCGGCAUCCGGCUGUUGUUAAAUUGGUCGAACCAAUGGAAAAUAGCCGUGGCGCUUUGAUGUUUGUGACCGAGAGGGUCAUAACCUCAUUAGGUCGUCUGAUCAAGUCAAAAGUCUCCACCUCAACCAUUGACAACGAUGAUUUGAACGAGUUGGUGAUUGUUCGGGGUAUGGCUAUGUUGGUCGAUGGUUUGCGAUUUCUCCACGACCAAUUAGGAUACGUACAUUUGAAUGUGACUCCUUCCACUGUUCUAAUCGAUGCUAAUGGUGAUUGGAAACUGUUUGGGCUCGAGUUUCUAGAGUCUUACAGAGAAAUUACUGGUGAUUACUUUUUCCCACAACUAGAUCCCAGGAUGCCGUCUUAUUUGUCCCCGAAUCCUGAUUAUAUGGCCCCAGAACUCGCACUUCACCAUAACUUGUCACCAAAAAACGAUGUUUUUUCAUUGGCAUGCCUACUAUCGGCUAUAUAUUCCGGCAAACCACCCAUGUCUUGUCGGGGCAAUCUAUCAAACUACAAAGACGAAUAUGCAACGGCCUCCCGCAAAGUUCAGAGUAUCACAUUCCCCUCGCAACUUCAGCCAUUAGUUAUGCAAUUGUUCGACGGCCAACCAAUGCAAAGAAUAACGCUAACAGAGUUUGCUGAAUCUAACUACUUCAACAACUCUCUGAUCAAGGCCCUGCAAUUUUUGGACGAUUUUACCACCAAGUCAGCCUCUGAGAAGGUCCAAUUCCUCAAAAAGUUCAACUCAGUAAUUGACCAGUUCCCUAAAUCUGUUUUGCAGCGCAAAGUUCUCAAGUUUGCUCUUGCCGAGCUCACAGGACCUAAGGAUGCAGCGACCGGUGAACUUCUAGCGAGCUUGGUCUUUACUAUUGCAGGAAGAGGAAUGAGCAGGCUGACGUUCAGUGAGCAAAUCCAACCACUCUUUGGUGAACUCAAAGAUUUCCUGCCCUUCCAAGAAGCCGUUGGUGGUCACCUUGACACGAUCGUCAAAUGUACAAGUGAAAAGGAUUUUACCUCAGAGGUGGUUCCUGUGCUUCUGGCAGUCUUCAAAACCGGAGAAAAUUCUCAAACAAAUCUUCAAAGACAUGUGUUGGAUAAGGGCAACUUGUACCUUGGACAUGUCACGAUUGCUGGACUUGAGCAAUCACUUUUCCCCUCCGUGAUAGAACUCUUUGCAGCCACGCCAGCCAAAUCGGUCAAGAUUUCUGCCACAAGCUUUUUCAGCAUCAUGAUCGACAAUGGACUCUCCAAGUCUUUGAUUCAAGACAAGCUGGUGCCGGCACUCCAAAGCAUGAAAACCAGAGACCCUGAGGUGGUAAUGAAGGUGGGAAAGCUUUAUCAAGCGGCAAAUGCCAAGCUUCCAGUCAACGUUGUAGUUGAAAAGACCUUACCUCAAAUUCUUGAGCUUUCAAUGGGUAAAGAUCUAACCGUCAGCCAGUUCAACACACUAUUUGCAUCCGUUCGUCAUGAAAUGGACAGAAUCGAAACCCACCAGAAGGAAGCACUGAAACACAAUCGGGAAGUGGUCACUACCGAUCCCAAAUCACACCAACCAGUUUCCAAAACGGUUGAAGCUUCAGUCUCUGACAUUUUUGACUCCCAAAAAUCAACCCCGCAGACUUACUCCUCACCACCCAAGCCGGCUGAACCGUCAACAUCUCAAUUCCAUCCUCCGCGGGGAAGUUUUGCAUUGAACAAGCCUGCUUCGUCUAGCACUGUGUCUUCUCCUAGCCUUAUGGAUAUGGAUCCUCUAAGCUCGCCUUUUGCGUCACAACCAACCAAGCCGCCACCCCAAGUCAGACCUCAACCGGUAGUAAAGCCUACUCCGCAGGCUCCAGUGGCUCCUGCGUCCAGUCAAUGGGCCCCAUUAACUCCAUCUGCGCCACAGGGCUCGUCGACUUCAGAUUCAAAAUACGCAAGUCUACUCUAG